GAAGCUAAAUAUUCAAAAUAACCGUCAAUUCUACAUUAAAAAAAUAAAAUUCUUUAAGAAGACAAUUAAUAAUAUUAAAAAAGCUUAUUAGAUCGAUUUUUAAACCCAAAUUCUUUCUAACAAAGUUCAAAAUUCAUAAACGAUUCUUAUUAUGGAUAAUUUUACAAAGGGGUUACUUGAAAGAAACCAAGCACGAAGUAAAGCAUUGGGAAUUUUUGAUACAAAGUCAUCAACUGCUUCUCCAGAACAAAACAUGAAUAAAGAAAAUCGAAAAAUGAACUCUCCAUUAAAGUUAGUCGAAGCUUGCAACUCAAAAUCAUCUAUCAAAAAAUCCUUUAACAAAGAGCCCUUAAGUGCCGAAAAAAUCAAUCAAAAUCCAAUGAAAUUCACGAGCGCUUCAAAUAAAACAAUGAAAAAUGACACUGAUGUUGCAGUUGAAAUUAAUAUUACGUCGAACCAGAAUAUUCAGGUUGAAGUUGAAGUAGCUGAAUGUGAGUUUGAUGAUCACGGAAAAAUGAUCAAAAGUGGUGACACUCUCAAUAACUCCUUAUCAAAUUUUGAGCAAACGAAAGAAUCCAUUAAAAUUCGCGAUCAUUCUCGAAAAAAUCUUAGACGACUUGGUGCUCUUUAUUCAGAUGCAGAGGAGAUUUCAUCACCCAUACAUCGGAACGAGGACAAUUUCUGUGAAAAAACUGAAACUGAAAAAUCAAUGAAAUCUUUCAAAAAGUUCUCUAAGCUGGCUUCAUUAGCAAAUAACAUCAAUAGCUGGGAUGAUGAUUAUUCACAUCAUGCUACUAAAACUGUGCAAGUAUUGGAUCCAGCCAAGAAACAAGGAACUCCAUCAAAGUUGGAUGAGACUCGCAUUCAAUCAAAAUCUUCAGCUGCUAAGUUAUCUUCAAAUCCUUCAUUACAAAGUGAAACUAGUGCUUCAAAACCAUCUUCAGCAAAUCUAUUAUGGGAUAAAAAAGUAAUCGAUUCUUUAGAAGCUCAGGGCUUUACUCGGAGAGAAACAUCAGGACCAAAAUUGAUUUAUGAUUGUGCAUCCGAAAAUUCAGCAAUAUCUUCUAAAAGUUGUGCACAACUGGAAAAGAAAGAUUCAAGAGAAAAAAUUGCUGCGGAAGUCAAGAAAGCAGAGACGAAUUCAAAAUUAUUGACAACGAGCAUAAAGCCACCUUCAAAAAUGAAAGUCCAGGAAAACACGAAAUUUUUGAGUAUUUUCCAGAAGAAUCAAAAGGAUCCUGCAGAAAUGACACUGAAAGAAAGAAUGGCAAUAUUUGAGAAAAAUAAAGGGCAUGCACCAAUACCCGCUACUCCAUAUGGAAUAGCUGAUGCCAAUCCGAUCCGAUCUAAUGCUGCUGAGUUGAAUAAGAAAUUUAAUUUUGGGUACGAUUGCAAGGCAACAACGUCAAGUCAAUCUCAAGAAAGUAUUAAAGAUAGUAAGAAGAUUAAUUCGAAUAUUAAAUCAACUGUAAAUAAACUUUUGCAAGAAAAAGAAACAACAAUAUCAGAAAAUCUGAUAAGCGAAGGGAUUAAAAAGCAACGCGAAGAAGACAUGAAAUGCAUUUUUAACAGAUUUAACAAACCUCAGAAGACGGAAAUUCCCAACAAUGACGAAAUUAUGCUUGAUGAGAAAAAUGAAGCGAAACGUCAAAGCUCAGAGGGAAAAUAUCUCGAAGAAAAAUCUAAUGAUGGAAUUAUUCCGAUGUCAGAAGACAAGAAGAGAAUGAGAAUAUCAAAUCAACAACGUUUGUAUCCUGUCUUAUCUGAUAUUGAAUCUAACACCGAUACGGAAAUCGAUGAUUACACAACAGCUUCAGUUUCUGAAUCAGAGAAAGCUUACGAGAAAAAAGAUUGCAAUUAUUCGGAUGACUCCACAGACGAUGACGAUAAUGAGGAAGAUAUAAAUAUGAGUUUUGGUCGUGAAAUUUUGAAUUCAGUGAAGAAAAAUGACUUGUCGAAAUCUGAUUAUUUAAACACUACAAUCAGUUCCGCCGAUGUCAGUGAAGCGACUGGAGAUGUUGACAUGUAUUUGAAUGAAGCCUUUGAUGUGAACGAAUCUAAAGAUUAUGAUGAUAAAGGCAGUGCUUAUUCCGAUAGCUUCGAAUACGAAAGAUAUCCAAAACGUGUCAGUUUUAAGGAAUGCGAUGAGAUUCCAAUAAAAUCUAGAUUGGAAAUUUCUCAACCUGAUAACAAAAAUGACCCAAUGACUCUCGUUCACACAGUCAGUUUUUACCGCAAACAGCAGUCAGCGAGUGCUGGAAACACGCCAGUUAGAAAAAUCGUUCACAAACCAGAAGAGAAAUUUGUUUCUAACGAAGCAUGCACGAGUUACAGAAGCAAGUCAAAUGAAGAAUGCGACAUGAAGAUUCAAAAGCUUUUGGAUGAAGUUAUGCGUCAGCAGACAAUUAUUUCACAAACUUCUCAAGCAUUAAAUCUUUGCGCUUCAACUGUUGAGUUUUCUGGUUCAACAGAAGCGGUUGAAGGAGAACGCCAUUUAUUAGUUGCAACUCAUCGUCGACUGGCAUGUCUAAAUGAAGUGCAGAGAUUGAAAGUUGAGGGUAUGAUGGACCGAGUAAAUUGCACUUCUUCGUCGAAAGAAAAAGGAACACUUUCAAUUCAAGAAAUUUUAAUUCCUCUGAAGCCAACGUAUAUCAGUCGUUUGGCGAACGAUGAAAUCAAUGGACAUCAUUUGUUGUGUUUGGUUAAAUAUAAUGAAUUUGUGUUGGCGACGAAAACUCUUCCGACACUUCCUGGGUUGAAAAGUGUAAGGUUUACAGAUUUACUUUCGUUGAAUGAAGUAUUUGCAGACUUCAAAAUAACUUUGGAGAUUUAUGGUAUGACAGCGCAACGUGAAAUACUUCCACACGAUAUCAAAUAUCAUAUUCAGACUCCUAACAAGAAACGAUUCAAAAGUAAAUUGCAAGAAUCAAAUCUUACUCGUCCACCAGUUCAAUCACCAGGUGGACCGAAUGCCGUUCGUAAACCAGCUUUGGUUCAAUAUGGUUACAUCAUUUUUUCAAUUCGUGAAAUUAAGCAGAAAUCGUGGGUAAUAAAUGAAACAGCAUCAAGUGUGAGUCCAUUGAAUGGUAAUGUUUAUUUGAAAAUCGAUUCUAAAAUAACGGUUGAUGUCGAUUAUUGCGGAUUUUUGACGAUGUUUGAUGAUAUUUCGGGUUUUGGAGCUUGGCAUCGUCGUUGGUGUCGAUUGAGUGGCAACACUUUACAUUAUUGGAAAUAUCCUGAAGAUGAAAAACAUAAAAAUUCUCUCGGAAAACUCGACCUUAAAAAUAUAACUUCGGAGCGUGUCAAUAUUGCACCACGUGCCAUCUGUGCUCGCUUACAUACAAUUCUGUUGGAAUCUAGACGCGAACGAAAACCAUCUGACAUUGAAACGAUGGUUCUUGUACCGAAAGGCAAUUAUACAACUGUCAGACAUCUCUUGGCUGCCGAUACAAAGGAGGAACGCGAGGAAUGGUGUCUUCAUUUAAACAAAUCUUUAUCAUUGCUCAAAUCAUGGGAACAUUAAAUAUUAUCAUACAUAAUAACUUUAUUUUAUACGUUUUUUUAUCUUUAAUGAAAGUCAAAGCUUUCAAUCAAUAAUAUUUAAUCUGACAAAAAUGAUUUUCUUUUUAUUAUUCCAAUAUCACUUAACAAUUUAUUUUCGUUUCUUCUUAUGAUAAAAUCUGGAUUUUUUGUAAACUAAAAUUAGAAAUAAAGUUUCCUUUAAGAGUUUAAUUUCUCAG